AUGGAAUCCCCAACAGACAACAACAUUCGCAAGCGCGUCUGCAAGGCCUGCGACCGCUGUCGCCUCAAGAAGUCCAAGUGCGAUGGCUCUAGCCCGUGCGGCCGCUGCAAGGCCGACAACGCCAUCUGCGUCUUCGGCGAACGCAAGAAGUCCCACGACAAGGUUUACCCCAAGGGCUACGUCGAGAUGCUCGAGCAACAACAGUCGCAGCUGGUCGCCGGUCUCCGUGAGCUGUACAGGAGACUAAAUGCAGGCGAGGGAUGGCCCGGUGCACCAUUGGCCGAGCAGCAGGGCGGCCACCCGCUCACCCACGACAUCCUCGAGAGACUUGACCUCCUGCAAUCGAAAGAAGGAUCGUCUCAGUUCGAGCCGUUUGAGGAGGACUUCACGCGCAUGGAGAAGAGGCUUCGGGACGAGGAGGAGGCACAAGCAGGUCCCGCCCUCAAGAGGAGAGGCUCCAUUGGCUCCGAGUCGGACCACGCCCACGCUUCUUCGCCCUCCUCGCACGGCAGCCCGCCCACUCCGCCCAAGAUGCACUGGGAGCCCAACUUCCCGAGGGCCCCCAGCUCGCUCAGCAUCUCGACCUCGCCGGCUUCGAUGAGCCAGCCGCUCCAGCACGGCCUGCCGCUCAACGACCCCAGCAUGAAGCCUCAGCCGCAGUUCUGGGACGCGAGACAUUCGGCACCGCAGACGACCAACGAACUCAUGCGCUCGCCCUUCGCCAUGGAGGACCCGAUUUUGGAAACAAUGAUGGCUGGCAACCUCGCAACCUCGUUUGACUUUGGAACGUACGACGCCCCCAUGGAUCCCUACUCGGGCCAGCCGAUCAUGAGCGACCCUUGGAUCACCUCGAUAAACCCGAGCGCGCUGCAGAACGAUUUCUCAACACAAUUCGCAUGA